AUGCCUGCUACCAAAAUACGUUUCAGGAUCAAGCCGGAUGAAACUGCAAAUUCGUCGUUUUACCUAUCAGACACGAAAGAGAGAAGUGCUCCAGUGUCUUCUUCUGCCGGUGUAAUUAUUAUGCGCAAGAAAUUCGAUGGAGCCCCUUCACAACAACAGGCAUCCGAUCACUGCGCCACAGUAGAAGCAGUUUCUACCGUCAUUCUCCGUAUGCUAUGGUUAGACGAGGACCCCGGUGCAGCAGUUUGUGCGUCAUCGUUGUACCAUGACUAUCGCGAUGGACACUGCUAUUGCGACAACAAGUGCGAACAUGCCGAAUUAGGCUGUUCGAGAGUACCUGAAGGAGACUUGGAAGCUCAAGAUCGUAUCGUCAUGGCUAUAAGACGCCGUUCAGCAAAUGGUGAUUUGACUGCCGCUGUGGAUUAUCGUGAUCCAGAUUUCAAUUACGCCGUCGGUUAUUAA